AUGGGAGGUCGAUCUCCGCGGUCCCCGGGCGUGGUGGAGCGGUGGACGGUGGAGGUGGGCAAGGACACGCAUCGCCUGUUGGAGUUCGUGCUGCAGGAGCCGGAGGUGGCGUCGCAGCGAGUGUCGCUCGUGCUCGUCUACGUUAUGAGCGAGGUCCCCUGCGCCAUGGGCAUAUCGUAUAACGUGAGUCAGCUCGAGUCGCGCGUGGCGGACAUUCACGAGGCGCACGUGAUGGACACUAUUCUCAAGCCGCUCGUCAUGGAGCUGCACUUCAAGAAAAAGCCUUCGCUCUUUCCCCCCUGCUGCGUCGUUAUUCCCCGCCGUCAUUCACGGCCAUGCUCUCGCCGCAUUCCAUCCCUCUGCGGGUUGCUUCACUCCCCGCAGCUCGUCGCCACAGCGCACGUGGCGCGAGACGACAAGCCGGACGUGGGGCUGUGUCAGGCCGCCAUUCGCGUGGGGGCGUCGCGGCUCGUGGUGAACUCGCGGCACUCCUUCCUGCGCCCCAACCACAGCUUUGCGCACGGCUGCGCGCGCCAUCUCGCGCCGCACCACUGCUCCGUGCUCGCCGUCACCACCGCCAAGAAGCGCCCGUCCUCCGCCGCCUUCGUCCUCCCCAGCGGCGCGACCAUUCCCGCCGUCCAACCCUCCCCCUCGCGCCUCUCCACCUCCUCUUCCACCUCCUCCUCGUCGUCCUCCUCCGCAUCCUCCCUCGUAGGCUCUCCGCUCCACCCCCCCGCGCUUACCCGCGAUCAAGAUUCCGCCAUCGCGCAAGCUCCCACGCCCCCCCGCGAUCCCCUCUCCACCUCUCCGUCCCAGCCGCAGUCUCGCCGUCGCGCGCAGGUGCACGGGCAGGUUGCGCGGGCGUCGGGGGGCAACUUGGAGGCGGGUGCGCGGCUAACUCCGCGCCACUCCUCGUCCGCCUGCGCGCCCUCCGUCAUUCCCGCGUCUCCUGACCAUCACCUUCACAAAGCUUCGCAGCAGCGAUGGGGAAGGCCGAUCAACGGGGCAGGGGGGGAAGCUGUGGGGGGGGAUGGUGGGGAAGGAAAGGGGCGCGGGGGAGCUGAGCCGGCGCGGGAGAUGCACGCAUCAGCACGAGGGGGUGGCGUGGGGAGCAGAGAAGUGGCGGUGUCUAGCUGGGCGGAGAGACAGGCAGGGGCGGCCGUGGUGGAGGGGGGUUACGCGCGGAGCGAGGGCGGGGAGAGUAGAAGGUCGGCGCUGCACGAGGCGCGGUGCAUGGUGCAGCAGCUGCAUACAGAGGUGGACAUGGCGCGCGCAGCAGCAGCAGAGGCAGUGGCGCUGGCAGCAGCAGCGCAGGGCGAGAGGGAGAUGCUGCAGUACGAGUUCCGCGAGUACUCGCUGCACCACCUGCACACCGCCACCGACGGCUUCAGUGAGCAGCGGCUCAUCGGGCAGGGCUCCAGUGGGCGCGUGUACCGGGGGGAGAUCAACCACACGCCAGUCGCCAUCCGCCGCCUUGACGACUCCCUUGACUCCGCUCUGCAUGAGUUUGACAAGGAGGUGCGGCUGGGCAGCAGGCUGCGGCACCCCAACAUAGUGCUGCUGCUGGGGUGCUGUCGCUCGCCGCCGUGCCUGGUGUACGAGCUCAUGCCCAGUGGCUCGCUGUACCACCGCCUUCUCUGCACCAACAACUCGCCCCCGCUGCUCUGGCACCAGCGCUUUGACAUCGCUGCCAACAUCGCUGCUGCCCUCGCCCACCUGCACUGCCGGGAGCACCCGAUAGUGCAUUUUGACUUGAAGCCGACGACGGUGCUGCUGGGGCGGCAGCUGGAGGCGAAGAUAACAGACGUGGGCGUGGCGCGCAUGAUGAAGCGCACGGCGGGCGACGACAGCAUGUCGGGCCCCAUGGACGCACUCGGCUUCGGCUAUGCGUGCCCCGAGCUGCUGCGCUCCAACGCCUUCUGCAGCCGCACCGACGUGUACGCCUUUGGCAUGCUGCUGUACGAUUUAUUGGGUGCCACCACCAGUGGCGGACGCGUGAAAGGGCUCAUCGCACAGCUGGAUGAGGCGGCGGCGGAGGGGGACCUAGCGCUGCUGCACAGCCUCACGGACCCUGCUGCGCGCUGGCCCAGCAAGGUGGCUAUGGAGGUGGCGGCGCUGGCGCGGCAAUGCACUGCUGUGAAGCGCCGCGACCGGCCGGAUGUUGCGGGUGGCGUGCUGCCUGUGCUGCAGCAGCUACGGCCGGCGGUGGAGUCGUUCCGGGCGGCGGAGGAGGCAGAGGCGGCGACUCUGGCGCUGCAGCAGCAGCUGGUGCUGCAGCGGCGGCAGGCGCAGUUGCAGGGCAUGGAGGGCGGUGGUGGUGGUGGUGGUGGUGGUGCGGAGGAGGUGGUAUGGGAGGUGGCUCCUAACGCCUUCAGAUGCCCCAUCACCCUGGAGGUGAUGCAGUGGCCAGUGGUGGCAGCGGACGGGCACACAUACGAGGAGAGUGCGCUGCGCGAGUGGCUGAGCGUGAGCUCGCUGUCCCCCAAGACGCUCAUGCCGCUGCCACACCUGCAGCUCACCCCCAACCACGCGCUGCGCUCGCUCAUCCGUGACUGGAUGGAGCGCAAGAAGCUGUCAGGCGUGCCCCCACGCACCCCCGAUGGCUCCGCUGCACAUGCAGGAGGCGCUGUCCCGGGAGGGUAG